CAUCGGGUUUGCCGACAAAUGAAACUCUUUAACAUCUCAAUUGAAAAUAAACAUUUCUCCUCAACAUUUACUGUCAACAUACACGUACUUCCAAGGAGUCAAGAAUUUGUUUUUCUUCCCGGAGCCGCUUACCAGCCACAAUUAAACCAUGAACGAUUACAAGAAAGAGAAAUUGAAGGAUGAGCCUCGCCCUCAACCCGAUAUUGAAUGGACAGAAAUGACCCGGGCACUUGCCCAGGUUGUCCUUGGCAACCUGAUGCUGGUCCUAGGCGCUGGCUCAUUUAGCUAUUGGUGCUACCUGUGCUACGUGUCUGCUGGCAUCUGGGUUGGUUUCACGGUGCUAGCUACGGGCCUCCUUGGUGUUGUCGAGGCAUCGAGAGAUUCGUACAGCCUGCGAAGGUCGUACAUCAUCAUGUUGAUCAUUACUACAAUCCUGUCCAUGACCUUGUUCGGAGUCGAGGUCGCAGGUUACGUGUUCGACAGCCAGGGAUGUGACAAACCCUUCCGCAAUAUGACGUCGCCGGCACCGCCCCCGAUGUCCCCCUCGACACCCGGAUGGUACACUCACCACCCACCACCACCCGAACACAGCUCCUGCAUUAUGGAAUGCGUCUACAUCCAUGCCGGUCUCGGAACUUUCGGCAUCUUGCAAUUCGUGGCAGCGGUAGUUUGUAUCUACUACACUUCCCAAUCGUUGAUGAAGGUGGCACCCCUCCCUUACAAGGCAAUGAUGCCCGAACCCAUUCCUUACUGCAAGGCUUGAAGGAGCUUGGCCGCUGUAUCACUACCACACACCUUUUUUGGGGUCUAUUCUCAGUUAAUUUUAACGUUUCAAUAAUUAAUACACAUGUUUACUAACAUAUUCAAAUAUUUCGCAUAUUUUUCCAAACAAAGGUUGGUUUAAAUGACAAUCUGAAAGCUUUCCCGACAUAGUAACAAGUAAUAUAUGCCGACUGCAUGUAGAGGUGCCGUGGUCGAGUGGUUAAGUCGCCGGACUGUCGAUCACUAAAGGUCCGCGG